AUGUCUAGUAAAUUACACGAAGCUCAAGAGCACUGCAAGGCUGCCGAGAAAUUCCUGAAGACAUCAUUCUUAAAAUGGAAGCCAGAUUUUGACUCGGCAGCUGAUGAAUACAAUCAAGCAGCUCAAUGCUACCGUAUUGCACGGGAUGUAAAUAAAUCAAAGGAAUGUUACAUGAAGGCCUCCGAGCUUUACACGAAAAAUCAUUCAUACUUCCAUGCGGCUAAAGCUAUUGAAAAUGCUGUUAUUGUUAGCAAAGAGGUUGCGAGUCCCGAAGAGCUCUAUAAUAUGGGUCUGGAAUCCAGUAGUUUGUAUCAACAACAUGGUUCUGGUGAUUCCGGAGCCAAUGUUUUGGAUAAAGUGGCAAAGAUUAUCGAGGAUAGAGCACCAGAAUUGGCCGUUAAACUUUUCCAACAAGCAGCUGAUGUGUCUUCGACUGAGAGUGGCCAACAUCAGGGAUCGGAGUACAUAAGCAAGUCGUCAAGAAUUUUGGUGAAAUUGGAACGAUAUGAUGAAGCUGUAGACAGUAUUCGUCGUGAGAUCGGUUUUCACCAGGAAUCUGGGAAUAUAAAUGCUGUUGGGAGAUUGACAGUUGCUAUAGUGUUGGUACAGUUGGCUAGAGGUGAUGCUGUGGCAGCUGAAAAAGCUUACAAAGAAUGGGGUAACAAUUGUGAGGCUCCAGAGAUGCAGACAAUCGAGCAACUUUUACAAGCAUAUGACGAAGAGGAUAGAGAAUCUGCUAAGAGGGCGCUCGCAUCGCCUUUUAUAAGGAGUAUGGAUGUUGAAUACGCAAGGUUGGCUACCACUGUGCCUCUACCAGAAGCUAUUGAUCCCAUGCCAAAGGCUAAUGUGAGGGAAAAUGCAGCACCAUCAUAUGUCAGCCCCAACGCUAACCCAGGCUCUGAGUUACAGGAGGGCAACGAUGGAAAUACUGGCCAACAAUCAUUUGAUACACCAGCUUUUGAUGUUAAGAAUGACGAUGAAGAUGGACUAUGUUGA